CAGGACCGAACAGGACCACGACCGAUCGAGAUGAAUCAUCCUGCUGGAAAAAGAAUGGUACGUUUUAUAGAUUCAUUGUUUCUUUAAUAUUAGUCGCAAGGCUGGAACAAAUACGUAAAUCGCCUCUUGCACUUCUCAAAUUAUUUUAUGGCAAGCCCUUGAAUCCAUCUUAACCUCCAUCAUCGGCUUCCGGAAUCUUGAAUCACAUGCAUGCAUGCUCCCUGUUGAUCGCUAGAUUCACUGAGAGCAACAGGAAUUGAAGCAAAUUUCAUCAUGAUACGUGGCGUUGCACAAUGAUACAGAUAACUUACCAUAAUCAACGCUCGAAAAAAGUUGAAUCCCAGCACGUCCUUUGAGCAAGCGGCUCUAUUAAACAAAUUUUGCUUGCUCGCCGGGACCACUUCUUGGUCAUCAUGGAUCCUUGCCCAUAGGGCUAGUGAGCUUUAAAAGUUACUUACCCAGCAAGAAAGUCUACUUGUCCUUUGCUACCAAACAGGUAUUUUCUUCCGAGUCGUGAUAAUUAUUGGAUGUGGCUUCAGGGGUAUAUAUCAUAUGAUAUGAAGGAUUAAUUUUAAAUCAUUAUGCAGAUCAAGGAAGCUCCCAAGAUAUUCAUAUUCAGUCAUAUCAUUCAAAAGCCGAAUCGAGCAAUUUUUUUCAUUGCAAAUAUUUCCAACUAAUUAUAAAAAACAUGCUUACUUUGAUGAUGAUCUAUGCAAAGUUCUCGUCCUUGUUUCAUUUGCUUGUUGCUUGGCAGUUUCUUGAUGAAAAGCAAUGUUAUCAUUGAAUCAAGUUGUAUUUUUGCUAUUCUUGUAUGUUUAUUUCAGUUUGGCUAUUCAUGUGAAAUCUCCUGCCAUUUUCUCCAACUGUGCCAAAAUAACUAACUUUGUGCCCCUUCUGAUCUGCUCUCCCCUUUUCUGUUCAUUAUCUCUGAAGGUGGCUCAUUUUCAUGGCAAACAUCAUCCAAAUUUGGUUCAUGGUAGCUGGUUGUUAAAAUAUUAGCCAGGAGUUAGGAUAAAAUCAGAAACUGAGAAUGAUUGAAUAGUAAACCUUUUUCCCUUCUACUUGUCUUCUACUCAGUACCAUAAAUCAUCUUAAAUUAAGCUUCCCCCUCUCUAAUAAGCCCCCCUUUUCAGGGAAAGAAAGUUAAUUAGCGCCCCCUCUCUAUUAAGCCACCACUCCCCUCCUCUAAUUAUUCUCGGUUGUGUUUUAAUCAAUCACGACUGUUAAACUUUGUGUGGACUGAUCACGGAUGGUUUAUUUAGCAACUGGAAGUUUGGAUUUUUAUUCUGAUCCUCAGCUGCAUGACCUCCAACCUUCUUCUUCUUGAGCUUCUCCACUUUGUAUUCUAGUUCUUUAUGGAGAACUGAUACCAUAGUCUUUUCUAAAUUAAAUAAUGCCCCCCUCUCAAAUAAUUCCCCCCUCAAAUGGGCUUGAAAUAAAUAAGCUACCCAGGCUUAUUAGAGGAUUUAGGAUAUUCAGUAAUAUGAAUAUCGAUGACCCUCUAUUGAGCAACAAGUUACUAAUGUCUGCCAACAAAAUUGUCAUUAAAUCACUUAAAAAACAAACCUUUUGUGGCCAACCUUUGAUUAGUGCCCAUGUGUUUCUUCCCCUGGGAUGGUCCCCUGAACGGGUCUCUCACCAAAUAUGGCCUCUUUGAGGUUUGAUUUGGUUUGAAGUUUUUUUACAUCUAAUUGAGCUUACAUAAAUGGACCUUUUUGGCUUAUAUGUUUUGCUUUUCCAUUGUUGUACAAGGAAUUUGUCUUUGUCUUUUCAUAAAUUAUGCAGACACACAAUUUUGGAUGCACAUGCAUAGGAUGACAUUUGAAAGAAACAGUUCUCUGGGGAACCAUUAUGUGGUCUGAAAUGGGAAAACAAAACAUAGAUGCGAAAAAAGGUCUAUUACAUACAGUGUUUUUUCUUAAUUAAAAAUCAAUGUGUUUGAUCUGUUUAUUCAUCUGAUAAUAAUAGGCUACAAGUUACAUGUAGCACAGUUGAGUGACUUCAGUAUUAAAAAAAAACGUAGAACCUCGUUAUAGGUAAAACCUGUAUAAUGUACAGCCAAGUAUAGAUGUUAUGUGUACUUGCAUUGCAGUAAAAUGUAAGAACAACAUUAGGACUUAAACACAAUCAAAAAGCUAUAAGCGGAAAUUAUCCCGCACAUGCACAGUUUAGCGCCAACAUUACUGGGUGAGAAUUGAAUUUACAUAGUAUCGUAGAACAACAAACACUAGAAUUAUCCCAUAAUUUUCAAUCAACAAGAAUGCUAUUGUAAGCAUUGAGUUGAUCUUGCUUAGGGAUUAGAAAAGAAAUGAGGAGGUGAUUAAUUUUACAUGAAACAGGAUUCCUCGCCAGAAGUUUUUCACAUCCUACUUUAUUGACAGUCGAGUCCUCUUCGAGGUAUAAAAUUUACUAUUUAUAUGGUAUUCAAUUAUUUGUUUCUGAAUUGAUUGAAUAUGAAGAUCAAGGGCCUCGAUUUGCGAAAAAAAAGAGCAGAAAUGUGAUGAGCAUGGUGCCUCAUUUAGUCAUCACUGACAAUAUAAUGGAUGCUCAUCAGAAGACUCAUUUGCAUACAAUGAAAGUUUACAACACCAGACUAGUUUGCCCCCCACCCCACCCACCCCAUCAAAGUUUUGCUCAUAAAGAUGACCCUCUUUUUUUGAAGACUGAAGUGUUUACUUGCUCCAAAGUAUUCAAAGCUUUCAAGUGAUAGAACUCUUGGAAUGACCCAUCUUUUGCAUUGAUCUUUCCAAAGCUUUCUUCUCAAAAAAUGCAUGGCCCUCUGAAAGAAUUUUAUAUGUUGUCAGUCACAUGCCCUGCAUUGCAGUAGGUUGUCAGUCACGUCACGAUGCUUAUUCCCUGUUUUCACGGUCUCUGCUAGAAACACCUGGGACCAAUUGAUUCCCUUUUAAUGCACACAAAUGAAUAUUUAAAGGAGCUGUGUCAUGGCAGUCCAGUUCAUUUUGUUUAAUUUUGCCAAUUACUCGCCCUCAAUCGCUAUGGAACUUAAAGUAAGCAAAGAAAUUACAUGUAAAUGACAAAAUCAGAGAUCCAAGACAAACAAAUAUGUCUCCUUAGCAUUAUUUUUGAAGUUGCAAGCAGCAGGGAUUAACUUUGAAAAACUGUUAGGCUGAGCAGUUUUCAAAAAUCCUAAUUUCAAUCCGUUUCAAUCUUCUUCAGUUUUUCCCAUCCAUGACAUCUGUUGUUUCUGUUAUGUUAUUUUAUCCUUCAUUUAAAGUUUUAAGUGGUUAUUUUUAUGUUUCUCUUAAUUUAAUGGGCAUUUUGUAAUUUCCUAAUUUGGCUGAAUUUCGUGACACAGCUCCUUUAAUUAAUACCAAGAAGGUUGCAAAGUAGAAGCCAUAGAUGAUGAUAGUGUUACUUUUUAACCGCUACUUAGGUAUGUACUUUGACUGUUCUGUGGUUUUCAAACAACAAAGGAGCUGUAACUGUUAACUUCAACAAAUAGAAAUCUGAGUGGAAUCAGAUGAUUAAAAAUUAUUCAGUAAUAUACAUUACUUCACAUGGUGUUUGUUUCCUGAUAAGGGUAAUUAGUUUAUUCCUUUAGGCACUGCAGGGCAUAUUUGUUUUAAUUUGAGAGUGACUGAAAGCGUGUCAAAUGAUUUCACUUUGACAAGGUUAAAAAAAAUACGAUUUUAUCAUACAUUACCUCAAUUAAGCUUCCAGAGCUACAAAAAGAAAAGGAUAUUCUUUUGUUUCUAAAUGUGUCAUGGGCUAGAGUGAAUUGUUGCACCCGUUAUCAUGAAACCUUUUUCCAGGUACAUUCAAAAUUUGGAUCUGUUUACAAAAAAUAGUAGCAUUUUGUGAGAUUCAAAAAACUUAUACAAGAAAUUUUGAUCAUUGUAGACUGAGAUUCACUUUUCUUCUUUUUUCAUGGGAAAAGAUUUCCAGCUGCAGAAGCUAGCUGCUGUUCUUAAGUAACCAUCUUUAUGGAAUAUGUCUUUCUUUCUGAAAUAUGUCAUGGUUAUGGUUACACCAGGCCAAUUGAGAUGAUGUCAUAUAGCCAUUUAAUCAACAAAGGGUAUUCACUGAUCUCAAACUUGUCACCAUCAAUCUCACCUCUCGAGAAACCCCCCUGUUUUGCUACAACUGUACCAUUGAUCACACAUACAGAUGUAGAAAACGUAAUGUGACCAUGGAAAGCAAAGCUCAUACAUAUGCACAAACCCUAGUGGAUUUUGCAACUGUGCUAGGUAAAGAAUUCUGUUCUUAACUUGCCCAGUGGGUACGUGGUUUUUAAGGAUACUGCAAAUUACAAAUUAAAGUGCCAUAAAUGACCUAAUAAAUGCCCACUUCCAAAUAGACACCAAGCUCUUAUCUAAUAAACACCCUCUCUAUGUUGUUAAAAUUGUAUUAGAUGUCCAUCUCUAAUAAACGCCCCCUGUUUAAUAGAUGCCUUCUACGAGAAUUACUCCAAAUUAUACUAGGAAUAUUUUUAUUAGCAAAGAGGUGCAAAAUCAUUCUAUUCAUUGAGUUUCUUGCUUGAUUAACCAGGGUUUGCAUAUUUCAUCUUGUUCAAUUUAAAGUUUAAAGUAAAGAUAGACUAACGAUAGCCACACAAUAACAAUGACCAAAGAUUCUGACAUUGAUGUGGGGAUUUGAAACUCUAGGAGGCCUAGACGUAUCAAUUGGUGGAGCGGAUAUUCUGAUAUUUUUAAACUCUCUUGACAUUUUCGCCAAAACCAUUUUAGCUUUGUUGAGCUAAUGUUACAGUCAUGAAAAUAAAGCCUCUCUCUUUUAGAUGCCUCCUUUCUAUUUAACAUGCCACUUGGACUGCUAGAAUUAAAUAGAUGCCCCGUGCAUUUAAUAGGUCAUUUACUGUACUGUAAGACAAUAUUAAUACAUUGUUGUUAAGAUUUCUCGUAAAUUCAUGCUGAUCAAAAUCUGUUUUUCAAGCUCAUAUGACAAAGUGGAAUUAUUACUAUUGUUAUAAGAAUGAAUUAAUAAAGCAAUACUUAAUAUAUAAUAAUUAAUUAUUUAAUAUUUAUCCUGUUCCUCAAAAAAAAUUUUCCUGGUUAGCUACAAUAACUUUUCAGUUAAGCUCAGGCAAAGCUGCCUUUCUUUGCACACUGAAUACAGUGCUAUGUUUUCUUGUAUAUAAUAAGCCAGUUACCGAUACUUUUUGUGUUUUGCGAGGGUGUCAGCUUGCGAGAACUUUCCCAAAGCUUCAUUAAAGAGAUCUUAUUCAGAGGAGCUUUGUAACCUAAUACUGCUUUUUUCCUAACAAGCACUCUUCUAAAAUAAGAGUCAAAUAAGGAGAAGGACCAUCCUCUCAACCAAACUACCAACAAAUCUCUAUGUACUCACUUAACCCUCUAAGACCCAGAAUCCACCCAGAAUCCCGUUUUCAAGGCUUCCUUGCCACUUUCUUCCUGUAGUGUAUUUUUUUUCUUUCUUUCUUUGUACAUUUUGUUUGGCAAAUAAAAUAAACAAAUUCUCCAGACUAAUCUCCAUACGUUUCCUCAAAGAAUUAGUUGAGAAAAUGUGAAAGAAAUUCAAACAUUAUUCCUUUGGUGAUCAUUUUAUUGAUUUUAUUCUCAUAACCUUUUCUCCUUAUGAUGUUUGGAUAUUGUUGGAAGAAAAUUGAUGAUAGUCAUUCUUUCUUUCCUACAGUUUCAGUUUCUUUAUCCUGGGAUUUGAAACCGCAGUUACUCUAAAUAUCAUUAUGACAAGAUUAAAUAACCCUUUCUUCGCUAAUUGGCUAUUUUAUGUUUUGCUAUUGAGAGUUGAUACCUUACAGUCCUACUUAGUUAGGGUUCAGGAUUUAUGUAGAGGGUGGGGGGGGGGCAAGAAUUUUUCCAGUUAGUUUUUGGGGGGGGCUAUGGAAAAUAUCUGCCAAUGUGACUGAAGGUUUUAAGGGGGGGAUAGCUAAAAAGUUGCGGCAAAAACCACUACUGUGUUUCCCUCCCUUCUCCAGGGAAUUGUUUGUGUCACUAUGAGACUGGGGUGAGAAGAAAAGACAGUAUAUAAGGGCAUUGUAAGAGGUGAUGGGGGAAGAAGGACCACACCCUUUGCUCUUCCCAUUGUCCCAUUGUGCUUAUUAUUUAUGUUUUUUUUUUAAUGCAUAAUGUAUAAUUUUGUUUAUGUAUUGCUAGCGGGAGCCUCUGCUGAGGAAAUAGUCUGUGGUGGCUAUAAAAAAUUUUGGCCAAUGUGACUGAAGGUCUAUGGGGGGGGGGGGGGCAGGUAUCAAAAAAGUGCCACUGUGUUACUCUCUUUUCCCCAUGGAUCUCCUUGUGUCACUAGGAGACUGGGGAGAGGGGAAAAAGGAGCAUGCAGGGGAUGAUACAUGUAAGAGGUGAUGGGGGAAGGAGAACCACACCCUUUGCUCUUCCCAUUAUCCCCUCGUGCUUAUUAUUUUUGUUUAAUUUGUUAGGUAGGAUUGUAUCGAUGAAUUGCUAGCUAGAACCUUGGCUGAGGAGAUAGUCCGUGUUCUUAAGUUUAUAAUCCUAUUGGAGGUGAAGCUAGACAGUGCUUAUCAGUUUGAUAAAUUUAAGUUUUUCAAUAGCGAUAAACAAAACUGAUUAGUUUUUUGCCUAUUAAACAAUUGUUGUGCUGUGGUUAAAUUUUAAGACUUAAAUGUCUUGAUCUAUUCAUCAGGGUUUUGUAGGUGGGAGUGGUGGCAGAGGAGAGGAGUCAUGUAUUUUCCCUAUAGUUGUUGGAUAUGGAACAACGGGGGUGAGGAUAAAAAAAUCACUUUAGCCCUUCUCUACAUAAACUAUGAACCCUCACUUAAUUUGAUAGAGGCUAUAAAGACUUCACGUCUGUGCAAACAUUUUGGCUUGAUUUUGUAGUCCUGAUCUGCUCUUAUUCAACUGAUUUAAUUCUACUAGCGGAAGACUUAAAAUGUUUUUUGAUGAUGUUUUAUAGAGUCUGAUAUUUCUGCAAAAUUUUUUCUUUGCCCCCUGUGCCACCCACCCAUGGUGAACAAAACGUUUACUACGUAGCCCUAGACUGCAUCCAGCCUUUUACGGUUUGGCAAAAACCAUCCCUGUCACCCCUUAAAGGGCAUAGAAAAAACUAUAUCCCCCAACUACCUGUCUCCUAGAAGGCUCUCCAAAAAUGUUUGUUUUCGACGCCACCCUCAUGUCACAAUAAAUGAAAGCCACCUCAUUUUCAAUUUUUUUUUGUGGUGGUAGCUGUUGUGUAGAGGUAGAGGUGAAAAGCACUGAAAAGAUCAAAAGAUAUGUUCUUAUAUUUACGAGCUAAAUUCUGACAUAAGAUCGCACUAAAGGAAACGUCGUUUUGACAGUUUAAGUUCUUUUCGCGUUAACCACUAACCAUUUUGGCGUAUGUUUGUGCUAGUAAACGAUAACAAAGCCGAUAUCAGUAGAGUGCACCGAACCACUGCAGUCGUCCUGGUGUCCGGAAAUACUUUACUUCACAGGGAGCACAUUUCACUGAAAAUUUCGACCAAAAAUGUUUUUCGAUCUCCCUACAAUCGAACGAAGACAGCUACAUUGCCAUUGUAAAUGAAAGCUGCCUUGAAAUCGCUUUAAAGUCGCGGCUAGUUGUUGAUAUGGAUUUGAACUCGCACCGGAAAAAGCAGCUCGUGUCGCUGGCCGUGCAAACUGGCCUAAUUCUUCUCUCCUUCACCACUGCAUUUCUUUUGUUCCUCUUCUCCAGCACAUCCAUUUCUUAGGUUUUCUUCCUCCAUCACCACAACCACUUUUCUAUUGAUUCCCUUCUCCAGCACCUCGGUCACAUUUGCAUGGUUCUUUUCGUCUGUCACCGUCACCCUACUUCUGUUGAUUCACUUCUCCAGAACAUCUAUCACAUUAAUAUGAUUUUCUACCUUUAUCACCACCGGGCCACAUUUCUAUUGAUUGUGUUCUCAGCCUCUCCAUCACAUUUCUGUGUCAUGACAUUUCUGUGUUGUUCUUCCUUCAUCAAAACUCCCACUUUUCUUUUGUUUUCUAUCUCUUCGCAUUUAUAUUUUCCAUUCUCAAACACCACAUUUCUACAGUUACCUCCAUCACCCCUACCACCACAUAUUAUCGGUUCUGGUAAUGGACAGUUCCCGCCUGGUUCCCCUUGGAUUUCAGCAUACCGACAGUAAACAACUAUUGUUUAAGCGUGUUUUGAGAUUCUCGAUUUUUCGAUAGCUUUUGUUCUAAACGUGUUUAACAGAUUCUUUAAGAGGGCUCUGCCUCAAAAAAAAAACAAUAAUUUGCAGAGAAGAUGCAAGAGAAGACUGUGGCACUGUGUUAUUAACUCUACAUGUAGUGUAAACCUGUUGUUUUUGUUAUUUACUAAUAGUAGCUCCAAUUGUAAAACUUUCCUGUGCUCUUGUGGUUACAGCUGUCCCUUAAGACUUUGGCCUUUAAUAAACUGAUCACACCAGAGACGACAAGCGGCCUGAGUUGUCUACAGUCAGCUUGUGUUAAAGGAGACAUCGAGACUGUCAAUGCAAUCUUAAACUACAGUCCAGACAAGCUUGAUAGUGCCAUAGCUAUGGGUAUUAAGAUUGGCUACAACUCGUCGGUUUUUCCUGGCAAAUCUCUUUUGACAGUCUUGAGACUGAAAGGUUCAGAAACGCACAAGCAGAUAAGCGAACUUGUUGAAAAAGUUACAAAACACUUUCAAUCCCAGUCUCUUUUGCACUUGGCUGCAGAAAGGGGAAAUACGGAGCAUCUUCGCAGGCUGCUUGAGUGUGGUGAGCAUGUUGACUCCUUGUCGCCCGACCUGAUGGAAGGCCUGAGAGAAACGCCACUGAUGUUGGCAGCUAGGUACAAUGAGGUGGACGUUGUAGAAUUCUUAAUAGAGAGAGGCGCCUCUUUAGAGGCACAGGAUAUAGAGUAUUUAAGUCCAAUUCACCAUGCUGUAAAAGGCGGUAAAAUAAGUAAUGUUCUACGCUUAAUAGAGCUUGGAGCUAAAGUUUCGAAGGAGAAUCUUGAGUAUACGUCCCUCGUUCAUUUAGCUGCUGAAUGUGGCCACACCGAUAUUCUUCGUCUUCUCUUGGAGAACGGUGCAGAUGCUACGAAAUCCGUUGCGUAUAGCGGAACAACUCCAAUUAUGUUAGCUGCUGAGAAUGGGCACUUAGAAACCCUCAAAUUUCUUCUAAUAAAUGGAUGCAAUUUGGAUAAAGCUGAUGAAAGCGGCCAACUUUGUUUCCACUGUGCAGCGGAGGGAGACCAUUUUGACGUAGUCAAAUUUAUCCUUGAAAGUGGUGGGAAUGUACUAGCAAAAACUGGCUCUGGUCAGACAGUUCUCCAUUUGGCUACCCGUCGAGAUUUGGUCCAGUUUCUUUUUGAAAAAGGCGCAGAUGUUCAUGCAAGAGACUGCUACGGUAGAACUCCACUACAUGCCGCCUCUGGAAAGGGCCAAACCGAUACAGUCAAGUAUCUUCUGGGUCAGGGGGCAAAUGUUGACUCACGUGAUGAUUUUGGAUGUUCGGCUUUGUAUGAGGCUUUGCAGGGUGGUCAUGCCGCUACAGCCAAAGUUUUGAUCGAUAGUGGAUGCGACUUGAAACUUUCAACCGAUCCAAAACGCCGUAAGAACCUACACGGAGACUUGCUCAUAGGCGCGACAUCAAGUGGACGUACAGAAGUUUUAGACAUUCUUUUUCAAAUCGGUUUACCUGUAGAUGAACUUACACUGUAUAAUGAAACACCUUUGAUGUCAGCAGUGAGAUCUGGACAAUGUGAGACUGUUGCCUUUCUAUUAGACCGAGGGGCUAACAUUAACGGUCAAACCAACAAACCCAAAGCAGAUGAAGGCGAUGAUCAUGGUGACAGUGGCUCAGACUAUAGUGAGGAAGAUGACCACGCGAGUUGGUACGAGUUCAAACAUCGUCAUCGUCCUCCAUUGUAUUGUGCUCUGGAAGCGGGUCAAGAGAAAGUAGCUAAACUUCUGAUAGAAAGAGGCGCUGAUACUUCAUACUCGCAAGAUGACGAUACAUCACUUUCGGAACUUGCAGCUAAGCAUGGCUUCUCUGACAUCCUUGGGCUUCUCGGGUGUAAGGAUGACUUUCAUUGUGAUAAAAUUGUAGAUGGUGACACUUUACUGAUAUCAGCUGCUGGACGUGGAGAUAUCAAGUCGGUUCGUUAUCUUCUAAAAAAUGGCGCAGACGUGAAUAUGAAAAGCGUUAGAGGAGAAACAGCACUUACCAGUGUCAUUCAAUUUGCUGACCUUCCACGUGUGUUAGAAGUUGUUAAACGUCUCAUUUCGUUUGGCGCCGAUAUAAACGCUAAGAACGCCGGUUCUCGAACACCUCUUUCGUUAGCUUGUUCAAGAAAUUUUUAUCAGGUGGCCGAGAUUCUCCUUGAAUUUGGCUGUGAGACCGGUAGCAUCUAUGGUGAUUCCUUUUCUCCCCUGCACCACGCUUCAGAAAACAACAAUGGAAAACUUGCAGAAAUUUUAUUGCAGUAUGGCGCUGAUGCAAAUGUGAAAGACGACGAGAUGACGCCUUUGCAUGUAGCGGCAAGUUCAUCUGGUAUUCUUGCAGCUCAGGUUCUCUUAAAACAUGGUGCUGACGUUGAAGUUGUGAAUCUAUCAGGCGAAACACCUCUCGCCGUAGCAGCAGCUCAUGGAAAUUUACCAAUGAUAAAAUUGCUGAUAGAAAGUGGGGCAAAUGUCCAUACCCAGGACAAACAUGGUAGAAGCCCUCUCAUUCUCGCCCUAUGUAGUAUGCGGUAUCUUGAGUUUGAAGACGCCGGAGUGGCUGUGGUUCAAUACCUAUUGAAUAGAGGAAGCUCUGUAAAUGCUACCGACGUUUAUGGACGAUCGCCAGUUCAUUAUGUACCUCCUAGUGCCACAAGAGAAUUCUUUGAGUUGCUCUUACAUCAUGGUGCUCGUGUGAAUGUGCCUGAUGAAAAUGGAGAGACGCCUUUACAUUUUGCUGCGUCGGUUGGAAGCAGUUCUUCAAUUGAGUGGUUGUUGGAACAUGGUGCUAACGUCAGAGCAGUUGACAGAGAAAAUCGCACCCCACUUCACACAGCUGCAUAUGAAGGCCGCCGCAGUUGUGUCGAGCUACUAAUUCAACAUGGUGCUGAUGUUCACGUCACCGACAACAAGGGAUGGCUGCCUUUGCACCUAACUUCGUUUUCAGGCUGUGUUGAUGUUGCUGGGCUUUUGGUUGAAAAUGGAAGUGAUGUUACAGUGGUUGACAAAAAGGGGAGAACACUUCUUCACUUGGCUGGAAAAUUUGGACAGGAUGAGUUUUUGGAAUUUCUUAUUCAUCAAGGUAGCGACGUUAAUGCACGCGAUCUAAGUGGACAAACAGUUCUUGGGGAAAUAUCCAAAUGUCCUUACAAAAACCCUGAGUGGAACUUUAUCCAGAUAUACCUGAACAAUGGUGGCGACAUAUUCGCAAUCGACACUCCAACAGGUCGAACAACGCUUCAUUUUGCUGCGGAAUGUAAUUUCGUGUCUACUUUGGACAAUCUAUUAAACCAAGGCAUUGAGGUUGACGCAAAAGACAAAAAUGGGGACACUGCUUUGCACCGGGCAGCGGCAUAUGGAGUUUCAGAAGUAAUAGAACGACUGAUUGAUCGAGCAGCGGAUUUGUCUGUCUUGAACAAGAAAGGUCGGACGCCAUUCUUAGUUAGUCUUAAAAGGAAUCCUAACAAAACAGCUUGUGAGAUUUUGCUAAGACGUGGAAGUUCGGUGCAUGUUGCAGAUAACGAAGGGAACACGGCCCUUCACUUCGCUGUCUGUCAGCCCAGUGUUCUUAAGGAAAUCGUGAAAAAGGGAGGAGAUGUCAAUGCGGUCAAUAAACAUGGAUGUAGUCCCCUUCACGAAGCUGCUUACGGCGCGUACUUACCAGACUCACCGCGGCUCUUGAUCAAGGCAGGUGCUGAUGUCUGUUGCCAAGAUGAACAAGGAAAUACACCUUUUCACGUAGCAGUUUCGCGUGGCAACAGUAACAUUGCUGAGUUUCUCAUUAAGCAUGGAAGCGACGCCCUUGCUACCAACUUUCAGGGUAAAACAUGCCUACACAUGUUCAGAUAUUAUGGCGAUAAUCGUCUUUUAGAGAGGAUGAUUCGUCAAGGGCUAGACGUUAAUGCUGUCGAUGAGCUCGGAUGCACUCCCCUUCAUAUUGCUUUGCUUGGAAACGACGAGUGGCUGGUAGAACUGUUGUUGAAGAAUGGUGGCGAUUGUGGAGCUGUGGAUUAUAAAGGAGCCACCCCUCUUCACGUAGGCUGCUGUUCAGGAGGAAAAGAAACCGUUUCGUUGUUGGUUAAUCACGGAAGGUAAGUUUGCAGGUUUUUUAUAAUCUUGUUCCCAAAACGAAAAUUGCAAAAAGGUCGUGAUGGUGAUCGAGACGGGCUUUUGUCGGUACUUUGAAGGCAAAGUCUUCUCCCUCCUUAGCUGACAUUUUGGAAACAGGGGUAGUUGGCUAUUAUACAGAGGUGGCCUUUAGCCUCUAAAAAUCAAGAGUAGGUGUAUUUCGCUAGAGUAAAAAAGUGGCCCUUGUAGAGAGAGGUGACCGUUAGUUGAGUCUCUGCUGUAACUCAUUCUUCAGUGCGAUAUCGGCGUCACAUUUGAAGUGUCUCCAUCGUUUGGUGACAUAUCAAACACGACACGCAGAGUUUCAUCCAAUAUCCGGACACCGAUAACUUGGUUUAAAAUAGAGUUUUCUAACCUAUCCAAAAGGUUCCUGGGUAUGGCAUGAAACAGUGAGUAGAUUAAGUUUUGAAUAUAUGAAAAUCACAUAAGUGAACUGCGGAAAGAAGAAUUAAAUGAAGGAUGAUCAUCGCCGUUAUAUACGUAACUUUUACAGUUGCGAAAAGAAAGCCUGAAAAAAACUCAGGCUUGCACGGGAUUCGAACUCUUGACUUCUGCGAUAAAGCGCUGCACCGGUAUCGCAGAGGUCAAGAGUUCGAAUCCCGUACAAGCCUGAAUUUUCUUCAGUCUUUCUUUUCGCAGCUGCAAAAGUUGCGUGUAUAACUGCAAUGAUCAUCCUUCGUUUAAGUGAGUAGAUUGUCUGAGAUAACUUCUCAGAUGAACAACUAUUCUUGGCGAAAGACAAAGCUACUCAAGUUCGCAAAAUGUUUAUGGUAAUUAAGAAGUGAUAUCCAAAGCAUCUGACGGUAGUGAUUUCCUUUGCUUUCUAUUCAUGUAUUAUUACUGGUUUGUGAACAGUAAUUCACAAAUAAUUUGAAAAAUCGAAGCUUCAACGUCCCCACGGGUAUACCCGAAGCAUUUGACACCUUUGCCGUCCCGGGGAAGGGGAUCUCAUGAUCAGGAUCUUCCGGGGGGUGGGGAAUUUGAACCACAGACUCAAUUUCAUGUGGCAUUUAUACUUUGCACGAUGUUAUCUAUUGCAACCUGUCUGCAGACUCUGGUUCAUUUCCCCGGUUUGCAAGCACGUGAUCAUCUAAAAUGUGUCUGUGAUGGGGCAUUUGAAAGACUUUUUGGCUCGAGGGAGGGGGGUAAUUUGGGGGUUGCCCUGGGUGUUGUUGAAGCUUCGAUUUGACCGAUACAUAAUGACCAAUUUUUUUGUAGCGUCGGACGCGUUCGCUCUUGUAUUGACCUCCCAGCAACACUCACUUCUUAGUUCUACAAUGGCCACUUAUCGCUGUCCUGAAGUCUUAUUGUUUUGGAGAGGAGUAACUGGAUGAAUUGCAACUCAUAAUUCCUCAUCUCUAUUUUCGAAUGUCCCAUACACCGUAUUCACAAAUGGCGGACUCGCGGAAAAAAACUGGUGCCUAGUCAUGAAAGCGAGGCGUUGGAGGAUAAACAAAAAUUGCAAAUGAAGACUUUCAGUGAACUUGCAGAGUGUUUAGCACGGAUUCCACCUAAAAUAACUUUGUACGGACUUCUUUUUAAAUACAAUUACGUAGGAUGUCUUCUGCUUUUAAUGUUUAGUAGCGAUUUGCUGUUUGCAAUCAAAAGGGACGCGUAUAUCUUCAAGGAAACAGGAUGAUUUUGUAGGUUUCCAAAGCAUCAGAAGCUCGACAAGUGGACUAUGGCUGGAGAAAAGCGGCAAACAUGUUAGCCCAAACUUCACAUUGAAACCGAGUACGAAAGCAAGCUCACUGCAAUUCGGUGAAACAGAAAUAUAAACAAAUCUUGGUGGCAAGAAAAAAAGAAAUAAGCGACAGAUAUAUGGCCUACUUGCAACUGUUAACGCAAAAGACGUCUGCCGUUGAACAAAACAGUUCAAGUCGAGGUGGAAAAAAGGAAGACAGGAAAGAAGAGGUGACUGGGGUUUCGAUGAGGUUAUGUUUGGUUUUUGUUUGCCAGGACGUUAUUCUCUGGUCUUUAUCAAUGAAGGACAUCAAUUAGAACUAUUUUUUAGGUAUAAAUGCUGGAGCGAUCGAGAGGAGUACGCUCAAAAUUUCAACUUGUUACUCGGCAGACUCGGUAAGCCGGCCACAUAUCAUUUGAGCGAGUAAUUUCGUAUUUCUUACCUUUGGCUGUUAAGAGUUUUAACUUUAUGUUCCAUAAUAUUUUAAAGUUGAAGAAUACAUAAAUAAAUAAAAUGAUGGUCUUCUUAAACUGAUCCAGACUCGAAUUCAAUUAUUCGAAACCGAAGCUUGCCGUGUGCAGUCCUGACAGAAACAUUGCCUUAAAAUUUUAACCUAGUAAAAUGUAAGCUUUAUACCACUUUUUUUACCAAGAGCUCUCUGAGAUAACGCCCUAAAAGAGCCAGGUAAAUAGCAAGCCAUAAGAUUCACACACUACAGCUUCUAAUUUUGAUAAAAUUAUUUUUAAUUAUUUCGCAAUGACAAAGAAAUCAUGAGAUUUUUGCUAAGCUCUGCCAACGUACCUCUAACAAUUCACUCCAAAGCGACGGAAUUAAUUUGAUCCAAUACAGAAUUGUAGUGAUCUGGCUUUCAUAUUCGGUUUCAGUGUGCGGUUUGGGCCAACAUGUUUGCCGCUUUUCUCCAGCCAUCGCCUACUCUUCGAGCUUCUGAUGCUUCGGAAACCUACAAAAUCAUCCUGUUUCCUUGAAGAUAUACGCGUCCCUUUUGAUUGCAAACAGCAAAUCGCUACUAAACAUUAAAAGCAGAAGACAUCCUACGUAAUUGUAUUUAAAAAGAAGUCCGUACAAAGUUAUUUUAGGUGGAAUCCGUGCUAAACACUCUGCAAGUUCACUGAAAGUCUUCAUUUGCAAUUUUUGUUUAUCCUCCAACGCCUCGCUUUCAUGACUAGGCACCAGUUUUUUCCCGCGUGUCCGCCAUUUGUGAAUACGGUGUAUAGCACACUCAGUUUGCCCCCAAAAUGUCGCAUAAACUAUUGUCGUCAAAUGCUCCUGGGAGGUCGUUAGAAAACAAUAACGUAUGAAAAAUUUGUAGGGCACACAGUGUAUUAUGGGGGAUUCAAAUAUAGCUAAUUAACAAAAUUUGCUUUGCGAUUUUUUAAAUCUUUCGACUUUAAUUUGUAGUAAUCUCGAAGCUAAGGACUACAAAGGUUGCACUCCACUUCACAUCUGCGCUGUCUUCGAUCAAAAAUCCACAGCUUGUUUACUUCUUCAGAAUGGAGUAAACAUUGAAGCCAGGGAUGAAGAAGGGAGUACUCCACUGCACCUUGCUUCAGCCUUCAGUGAUGCAGAGGUAGUUAAACUGUUUCUUGAGCAUGGUGCAAGGGUUGGUUCAAGGGAUUCAGAAGGCAGUAUUCCGCUUCACACGGCUGCUGCACUCGGUAGGAUAAAAUGUAUUCCAGUGUUAAUUGAUGCAGGAAGUGACGUCAACGCGCGUGAUGAUAAUGGAGAGACACCGCUGCACGUAUCUGCAGGCUCUGGUCAUCUUGACGUAGUUCGUCUGUUGAUGGAAAAGGGAGCAGAUUUGUUUGCAGAAGACAAGGAAGGGCGUACACCGAGUACAUGUGCUCAACUGUUUGGACACAAAGAAGUGGAAAAGUGUCUACAGGAAAGACCUAGCCCAUCACACAAGGGUAUUAGUCUUUCAUCGGAUCUUAAAGAACUGAAGGUUUUUUAGUUAUUAAGUCAUAGCACUUGUGACGUCGAAAUGGUCUUCAAGUUGAAAAUGACGAGGGUUAUGUUCAACGGACUUGACCCCUUGGGUACAAGUCUUCCCCUUCAUACAACUUUUGCAUCAAACAUUUAAGGGAUGCAUUUGUACUCUAGCUGUGACUUACAAAGUUCGAAUGAACGGUCGUACAGUAUGUCCCUAAAACAUAAUUAAUAGCUGAAAAAUCAGUCAUAACGACCAGACUACUUGGCGUUAGUGCAACGGGACAACCACAAAAAGUAAAGUCGUUAUGGAUUACAUGAUUUAAGACCGACUUAGCGCGCAGACUGCAUGAGCCGAGAGACUGUAGAUCAUUUUGUAAAAAUAGUGACGCGUGAGUUAUUGCGAUAAUACCCAUCCUGGUGUCUGUGACUGAGGCAUUGGUGGAUUCUAGUCGAACAGCUUAAUAAGGCCCUGUUUGCACUCUUCUAACAGGAAGCCAUUAAUUGUGCGAACGAUUUUUUCACCUACCAAAAUAUUCUGUAAGUGUCACCAAAAUAUUCUGUAAGUGUCACCAAACUUCAAAGAUACCAUGGAGAAUAUUUGAAGGCCGAUAGUUUUUUGUCAUGUGACAAACUCCUUUGUUCCUUGACAGCCAUCCUUCGUCGGGUCAUCUUAUCUCGCGAACGUGACCAAUUAAAGUUCCUUUAAUUGAAGUUUCUGGUUAUACGAAACAUUUCGCGUGUCUCAGAUGCGAAAAAGAAUGCAAAAACGAAAAAUUGGUGAUUACAAAAAUUUCUUUGCAAACGCCGAAGUCUAUUUUUCGUCGUAGGGCGAACAGGGCCUAAGAGAUAAUUUGUAAAAUUACUUUUCCCGUUAUGACUUCUUAAGAGGAAGUUAGAGGGGAAGUCUCGGGAGAAUUCUCCGAAGAUUUCGUGUAAACUUAUCUUGACACAUAAAGCACACUAGUGGACGCGCAAAAUGAUGUGGAAUAAUCAAAGAGAUAUCAAAGAGAACUAAGGAACGGACCAUUAGAAAACUUA